AUGAACACGACUCCUCCUAUCGACAUCGCCACUCGGCAGACUCCCUCUGUUUCGCCCCGGUCGAACUUGACAUCAGCUUUGCAAAAUCAAGCAGGUAACACUGAACGUGCGGGCAGUAUAUCCCAUGCAAACGGUUUGCCAAUCAAUAUGUUCAAGGCUUCUGCGCCCCGCAAAGACUCGAUCGGCACAGCCUCACACCAAUGGGGCAAUGGUACAAAACCGAUCUCAAUGGCGGGAUCCAGCCGGAAUCAACAGCGCCGGGAGUCAUUAGCAGGAAGCUUGGUCGGUGGCAUGAGCUGGGGUGGUGUCUCUGUUGGCAGCUGGAUUCGCGAUGACAUCAUCAUGGCCGGUACCUCUCCUUUCACCACUUUCCAGUCGCCCUCAUUCCAUUCGUCCUCUUAUCUGCCGAAACUCGAAGCAAACUUCAUGCGCGACUUUUCUUGUUGUGGUGUUACUCUGCCUACUCUUCAUGACUUGCUACAACACUAUGAAGAAGCGCACGCCACGAAAUCAGGUCAUCGCCCGAGCCAGGUUGAUAACCGCGCAGCUCUUGCCGCUGCGGCAAUUGCGCAGCAGAAUCAAUCAAACAACAACCAAAGCCGAGGUCUACAACCAGAUAGGACCUUUGACAUGCAACGAAAGAUGAACCAGUCACAUACCCCCCAACAACAUUCCGAUAUGGACACCAUUGAUGACAUGGAACUGGAUGAUGCCAUGGAUGAUACCGAUGCAUCCUCCCAGUUCUUCGCACCCCAAACACGGGAUCCGACUCAAGGAGGAUUUGGAACACCGAAUCGUGGAGUCCCUAACUUGAACUUAUCUAUGCUUCCGAACCAUCAGGGAUUCAAGAGUUCGCAACCGGGAACUCCAGUUGCAUCUGGCCUUCCACUUUCACUGCAAAACAAUCCCACUGUUUCUUCCGUCAAUACACCUACUCUGAUGCCGAAUCCCCUUCAAAAUGCACAGUUCCGUGGCACCCCCGACUCUUCGACCCCGGGAACUCCCGCUGAGUUUGACGACAGCAUGCUCGGUCCGUUUGGGGAAUUCUCCAUGCAGAAUGCGAUGAUGCAGGGUCAGCCGCAGUUUUCGAGAUUCACGGGCAAUAAUGACAUGGUGGAUCUGUGUAUUGACGAACCUGCGAAACGACUGUUCAGCCCAACCGGCGGAAUCAACCAGUCUAAUGCCCAUUUCAAGCUCAGUGGAGCGCAGUAUGGCCCGAACAGUGACAUUGCCAGACGGAUACGCGAACAGCAGCUGCUGGCAGGUGUUCCUGACACUACUUCUAUCCUCCCGAACGAGGAACCCAAGCCCUAUAGGUGUCCAGUAAUUGGCUGCGAAAAGGCGUACAAGAACCAAAAUGGGUUGAAAUAUCACAAAGCUCACGGCCACAACAACCAGCAGUUACAUGACAACGCAGAUGGGACCUUUUCAAUUGUCAAUCCAGAGACAUCUGCUCCAUACCCGGGAACUCUCGGCAUGGAGAAGGAGAAACCAUACCGCUGCGAAGUCUGCGGUAAGCGCUACAAGAACCUGAACGGGCUCAAAUAUCAUAAAUCGCAUUCGCCUCCUUGCAACCCCGAUUUCCAGCUUGCUGCUGCUCGUAGCCUCAACUAUGGCGGUGGAGUUAUGCAGGGGCAGAACAUUAAUGUUGCUGGGGCGGGUUUACCUGGCAUUGGUGAAGAAGGUCUCUUAUAG